UGAUGUUGCCCUAAUGUAUCUGCCUGCUUUUCUCUUUUUUCGAAACCCCAUUUCUAAAUCGGCUUAGGUUUCCUGCAAUUGGCGAAGGUUUAAUUAUGGAUUCCAUUAAUCUCUGAGAGAGAAAACCAUGCUCUCUUUGAGCAGAGGUCUCUGGAAUAGGCAUAGGAGAAGGAUAUUUAUUACUCUUGGAGCACUGGGAGGUGGUUAUGUGAUAUAUAAGUUUUAUGAUGCUCACAGAAGAAGAGUUACUGUGCUUGAGCGGCGGUUGGAGGGAGCUCGGGAAGUUGACGAGCUCAUUAAGUCGCAGUUGCAGAACCAUUUUGAGAAAAUUCAGAGAAUUUCGGAUAGCACAACGCUGCCGUAUGCAUUGCAUUACCUUAGAUCUCGAAUAGCUGCGGAUUUGGACAUUUCUUCUUUGACGGAGAAACUCAGGCAAGCCAAGGGCGAGUUUAGUACUCUUACACCGAAGGAUAAGGCUAACUUAUGGGAAAGACUUAAAAUCUUAAGUUUUACAAGAUUGACAGCUUCAUUGUGGUCAAUGACAAUGCUUUGUUUAUAUGUAAAGGUUUUGGUAAACAUAUUGGGCAGACAUCUUUAUGUUGAUAUUGCUCGUGGUUCAGAAAGCUUGAAGGCACUAGAUGAAGUUGAAUCUUUUGGCAGGCAUGAUCAACAAGAAUUUCUUGCAACCGCUGAUUACCUCUCCACCUAUGGCAUCAAUACAUUAAUUUUGAACAUGCAGACUGCUGCUUCUGAAGUUCUAAAAGAUAAACAACUGAAAGAUCCCUUCAGUAUGGAGAAACUGCAUGAAAUGAUUAUGCAAAUGCUACAAUUGUUCAUGAGUAUUGAAUCACCCAGUUACUGGAUAAGUUAUCUGGUCCCUGAAAAUGUUGUACAAUACAGUCGGACCAUGGCUCUUUCCUUCAGUAGUUCUGAGGACACUUCUAUCCUAAUGGAUGCCAACAAGCUUGAGCAACUGGUGUCAGAAACACGGGCAGUGCUAUCAAGCCCUGAGUUCAGAAGCCUAACUGAGCUAUCACUGAACCAGUUGGUUAAUGUGUUGGUAGAGGAGAUCGAAGUUCAGCUUAAACUCGGCGGUUCGCCUUCCGGAACUAUCCCAUUAGCGACUCUCCUCCCCCGAGUGGCGCAAAUAGCCCCACAACUGCUAGAAGGACCGAGCGGCAACAAGUUCAUUCAGAUCAUUCAGAGUUUACCAGAAGUUGAACUUUUUUACACACUUUUGUAUUCAAAUAUGCCCCCAAUCUCUUAAAAAUUGUUCAAUAGUGCUGAAUUCUGAUAUUAAUUUUAUGUAAAUUAGUCUUCUGAUGGAUGUUUGGAGGACUGGUUUAUUAGAGUUUUUUUAGUUUAUUCUCAGCUGUCCUGAAAAUUCAGGAGAAUGAUGAUUGUUUAAAAAUGUCUGUAUCUUAUUUUUGUAUGGUGCUACAGUUUUUAAUUGUACCAUUUUCUUGAGCUGGGGGAGAGACGUAGUGUAUUAUCUUCAGAUGAUUCUAUGUAUCAUUUUAUAUUGACUUUGAUAUUUGUAAA